CACUUCUUUAAUCACAUCUACUUUCGUCGUUCAGAUUUCUCAUUAAUUUAUGCUAUAUAUAGCUACUGGAUAAUCCAACAAUUGUAGCGGUAAGGAAUAAGGAAAUUUACACUGUUAAAUUACUCAUUUUUUUAUUAUAGGCUAUAACUUCACGUGACAGGUAGUCUGUCUAACCUAAGCCGAGAAACCAUGUGACAAACUGGAAUAGAACAAAACACUCUCAACAUACAACCUUGGUUUCAUUUUUAAACCGACUGCUGGAGCAGCAAUGACGGAACAACAGAGGGAAGAAAAACGCUACGAUCCCAAUGACAAAACACUGAAGUUCGUAACGCGCCAGGAUGAUAUAACUGGGGAUGAUGACCCUGAUACUCGUCGUGCUGAGAUGUCAUGUGGCCAUGCAGUGACUCCACAGUCAUUGACUGCAUGGUGUCGUAGUCUGCUCGACCAGGGUCAGCACAAGUUCAUGUGCCCUGCACUUAAAGAAGGCACAGUACAAAGAUGCAAUGCGGAAUGGCCCUACGUGGAGGUUCGGCGGUUGGCUGUACUGACACAAGAGGAGCAGAGCCAUUUUGAAGAGACGAUGGCGGUCCUUGCUGCAGCUGAAUACUGCGAACACAAAACAUGUCCUGGCUGUCAGACAUUCGUUGAGAGAGCUGACAUUACCAACCUCUGUGCCAUGUGCACAAUCUGCACAGCUGAAAAAGGUCGGACAUUUCAUUUCUGCUGGCAGUGUAUGAGGGAGUGGAAGGGCCCAGGCCCUCGAUCUGACCGCUGUGACAACUCUGGCUGCACCAAUCCUGACAUUGAAAAGUUGGCAAAAUGUCGUUAUGUAAGUCUACCUGAAGUCAAUAAUGUGAGCUGUCCCUCCAUGCGAGCUUGCCCCACUUGUGGCAACCUUGUGGAGCAUGACACAACAGGGUGUAAGAAUGUCUUAUGUAAUCGCUGCAGGGUAGAAUUCUGCUUUGUUUGCCUGAAAGUCACUCAGGUAUGCUUGCAAACAAGCAGUUACUUCAUUGCCUGUUCUGAUGGGGUCGCUCCACGGCAGACAUCCAUUCCUUCCUGGAAAAGAAAUUAAAACCAUUAAGGAAGCCAAACAAAAUGAUGCUUAUACAUGUGACAAGAUAAAAUGUAAAAAAAAAAAAAAAAAUGUGAUUGCAAUGCAAGAUUUUAUUAUUGCCAAAUGCAUAAAUUACAUUUACUAGGAUAAACUCUUAAAAAAUAAAGGUCCUUUAUUGGCAUCAGUGGUUCUAUGAAGAACACUGAACAUCCAUGGAACCUUUCAAAUGCAGAAAAGGUUCUUUAUAGUUGAAAAAGGUUUUUUAGAUUUUUAAAAUGUUCUUCUAGGAACUGUUCACAUAAAGGUUCUUUGGGGAACCAAAAAUGGUUCUUUUAUGGCAUCACUGCAAAAACAUUAUUUUUAAGAGUCUAUAUUAAAAUGUUUGUUUAUUC